AUGGGACUGACAGCAAACGUCUUCAAAGGGAGGACUUACUGGGAAUGCCCACAAAACGUCGGGACAACAUGGAAUUUGAAGAAGUUGCUACGGCUGAAGGAACGAGCCAGGGAGUUCACUAGGAUCCAGCUUGGAGAUGGAGGAGACGCAUCCUUUUGGUAUGACAGUUGGUUGGAGAUUGGACCUCUCAUUGAGUUCAUCGGGAUGGUCGGACCUCGCCUCCUGAGGUUACCGAAGACAGCGAGAGUUAAGGAUGCAGUCCACGAGGGAAGUUGGCUAAUCCGAGGAGCAAGGAACGAGCGGGUUCAACAACUACAGACCAUACUCUCGAGAAUGGAACCCCCAAGCCCGGACAACGGCUCUGACCAACCGCUUUGGAGAAAGAAUGACGACAACUAUCAUCCGACAUUUGUCUCAAGACUUACGUGGGACAAAAUCAGAACCCCGGCUGCUCCGGUUUCAUGGUUUGGCCUGGUAUGGUUUGAGAAAGCCAUACCCAGGCAUGCAUUCCUCUUAUGGCAGGUCCUUCACCAAAGACUACCGACUUCGGAUAGAGUGGCUCGCUGGGGGAUACAAGGGCCGAGUCGAUGCAUACUAUGCCGGAAGGAAGUUGAAACCCUAUCUCACUUAUUCUUUUGCUGCGAAUAUAGUGCGGAUGUGUGGCUCUCCCUUGCAGGAAAUCUUGGAGGCUCUCCCCCUAGAGUGGUUGUGGACGCCGGGCCGUGGAUUAAUCAACAUCUCAUGACAACCCAACGAACAACAAAGCUAAUCAAGAGUCUUCUCUUGCAGCUAGUAGUAUACGAGAUUUGGAAGGAACGUAAUGGACGGACACAUAAAGACGUCGCAAACUCGCCACAACAAUUGUGGUUCAAGAUCGAUAGGAUAAUGCGGAACAUACUCAUAUCUUUGCACAAGCCGGAUUCUACCGGAUCAAAUGACCCCCUCCAACAAUGGUAUCGCCUUAUGUAUUAUGACUGA